AUGGCCAAGAUUAUGGUAAUUCUCUCUACACUCCUUGUGCUGGGAGCUGCGGAUCCUCAGGGCUUGCAACAAAAGCCGGGAACUCCCCUGCAAGAGCGCAAAACCAAGAUGGACUGGGAGCAGAUAACGAACACCAUCGAGGAAGUCUUCGGCAUUGCCUCCGAUGGAAAGCAGCAGGAAGAACAGGAAGCCAUAGAGCAGGCGGCUGAAGAGCGUCGUAACGAACGCAAGCGUGAAUUCAUCGAGAAUCAGCAAGAAGGCACUGGUCUGGAAAAUCGUGAGGAACGCAGUCGUGAAGCUAUCGGACGUGCUCAAGGACGACUGCCAGCACGUGAAGUACGUCGUCGUCAGCAAAAUUUCCGCCAGCAGCAACAGUGGGGUUUAAAAAGGCAGGAUCAGCAGCAGCAGGGCGAAAAGAAGGAUCGGUACUACAACGAUUUCCCACUGUACGAGUUCGCGUAUGGUGUGCAUGAUCCGGAAACUGGCGAUAAUAAGGAACAGUGGGAAAAGCGUGUCGGAGAUCAUGUGAAGGGAAAGUACACGCUCGAUCAGCCUGACGGUACGAAGCGAGUGGUUGAGUAUGAGGCCGACGAUAAGAGCGGAUUUGAGGCGAUUGUGAAGGAAAUCGAUCGAAUCGAUGAUCGUCAUCGGGGUAAUGUGCGUUGGGGACAUUCCGAUGGGUUGGUUGCUCAGAGCUACAGUAAGCUGAAGAAGGUGGAUUAA